UGUAUUUUAAAAUUGAUGGGCCCACCUUAUCCAGAAAAGAAAGCAUGAAAAAGGAGAGGCUCUUAUUUCUCAACGUAUCUGGUUUGUAAUUGUAAUCCCAGACAGCCCACUCUCCGCCACGGAAUGGGGAGACAUGAAUCUCACAGCCGCACUUUCUUCUUCUCUUUCCUCCGCCGCACUCCACCGGAACAAUGCAUCCAAAAUUCCUACAUGCACCCCCUUUUCCCUCCGUCAUCGCCACUACCACAACCACUCUUUUUCAUUGCGAGUUGUCAAUGAUUCUGAUAGGACUGAACUGUCAUCUGAUGCCAAAACAGAAACACCAUACUCAGAGGCUGAUAAAAUAGUUGACAGUAUGAACUUUGGUGAGCUGUGCAAUGAGUUCGAGUGCAACAGUAGUCCUUCUAUAGAAUCCACUGCAAGGCAACUUGCUCUAGAUAUAUUCGAGCUAAGGAGCGGGAAUCGAGCGCUCGGAACAUAUGCAGUUUCGGUCACUUAUAAGGAUCCCAUCAGGAGUUUUACUGGUCGUGAGAAGUAUAAGAGACCUCUAUGGGCAACCAUUGCACUAGACAAUCCAUCUGUGACUGUGCAGGAAAUGACCAUGCUGUCAACAAGUGUUUUAAGGAUCAAGUGGACAAUUAGAGGAAAGCCUAAAUCUGUUCUAGCUGUGGUAGGAGGAGAUCUCAUACUCACAGUUACUUCAAAAUUUACUCUUAACCAAAUUAGUGGACAAGUCAUUCAGCAUGAAGAAUUAUGGGACUUAUCAGCUUCAUCUGCUAGUGCUCAGGCAUUUUUCUGGACGUCGCGUGUUCUCUUUGCUACUCUUGAAUCUAUAAAAGAUUUAGCUGAUAGUGCCAAGAAUUUGAGUGCUAAUUUUUCAAACAAGAAAGAGAACAUGGAUAUUUAUCCAGAUCCUUCUGGUGAUCCAACCAAGGUGAGUUCUUCUGUUGUUUACAAGAAUCUUAAACUAUGCGUGACUUCAUCGUCCUGUUCUUUGGACAUGCCUCAUUUAUUUUCUUUCACGAGACGAUUGUUCUGUUUGUGGUUUCAUUCAGUUCUUCCAGAGAGACGACAGCUUUCAGCAAGAUAUAUACCAGAUUGCACUCCUCCUGGCAGUUAUAUAUUUUGUUGUACAGGUUUUAAGGAUAACUUUGUAAAUAACAUGCUUGUCUUGAUAUGAUCUUCAUUUUACAUAUCUUUUUUAUUCAUGAAGAUAUCUGUGUAAUUAUCAACUUAUAAUCAUAAUGUUGUUUUGUCAAAGUUACAAUGAAAUAUGUUGUAUAAAUUCAGUCGUUUCUAUGAAAUUUGGAAGUUUUGCUCGCGCA